CCUUAGUCAGUGUACAAGUAGAGUUAAUAAUCGUGGAGGUGCAAGAAGCAAUAAAGUUGAUAGAUGAAUAAGUUAUGGAAAGGAGUUGAGUGAUGAUUGGGUGAGAAGAAUGGAAGAAGAAGAGGAAAAGCUUGUGCAAUCCUACCCUCAUUAUUGGGGAUUCACCCCAGAACAAGACUACUACAACCACAAAGGAAUCAGAGGCACAAAAUCGGAAUUCAGGACGGCGCGUGGCCUCAAGCUCUUCACAAGGUCAUGGCUUCCAAACCCCACCAUCACCCCACGCGCCGUCGUCUUCAUGGUCCACGGCUACGGCAACGACAUCUCCUGGACCUUCCAAGCGACCCCCAUCUUCCUCGCCCAAUCGGGGUUCGCCUGCUUCGCCGUUGACCUCCAAGGCCACGGCCACUCCGAAGGCCUCAAAGCCUUCGUCCCCUCCGUAAACCUCGUCGCAGACGAUUGCCUCUCCUUCUUCAACUCUAUCAAACAACAAAACCCCCAAUUCCAACACCUCCCUUCUUUUCUCUUCGGCGAGUCCAUGGGCGCCGCCAUCUGCCUACUCAUCCACUUCCUCUCCCCGGAACCCUUCAACGGCGCCGUUUUAGUCGCCCCCAUGUGCAAAAUCUCCGACAGCGUCAGACCCAGAUGGCCCAUUCCCCAGAUCCUCACCUUCCUCGCCAGAUUCUUCCCCACUCUCCCCAUCGUCCCCACCCCCGAUCUCCUCUUCAAGUCCGUCAAGGUUCCCCGCAAGAAACUCAUCGCCAACAUGAACCCUUUGAGGUAUCGCGGAAAGCCGAGGUUGGGCACCGUCGUCGAACUUUUAAGGGUUACCGACUUCCUCAAUCUGAGGCUCUCUGAUGUCAACCUUCCUUUCAUUGUCUUGCACGGCAGCGCCGAUGCUGUCACCGACCCCGAUGUGAGUAGGGAGUUGUACCGCGAAGCCAGGACCCUCGAUAAGACCGUCAAGGUUUACGACGGGAUGAUGCAUUCCUUGCUGUUCGGAGAGACCGAUGAAAAUGUUGAGAUUGUCAGAAACGAUGUUCUGUCGUGGCUGCUCGCUAGGUCUGGUGGGGAAACAAGACUUCAAUGACGAAGGUUUCAAGGUUCUGUUUUGUUAAUUGUCUUGAUGCAUUUGGUGAAUUCGAUGCUACAAACAAAAUUAUAUCAUCGGACUGGCAACACCAAAAUGUGGUGCCCAAGUGACCGCAGCGUAGAGACCUUCGCAACCAUCCGAAUAGAUUUUCAUUCUUCAGCGGGGUGUAGUCUAGAUUAUUCGCGUGUGGGGUACUGGAGCUGCGGGUCCUUGAGCUGAGCAAAGAAGUUUCAAGAGAUGGAUGAGGUGCCUCUGGAGCAGGCUUUAGAGAAAAACGAUGUUGCGGCUUAGUCUCCUUAGGACUCUCUUAUUAUUUCUUAUAUUUUGAAUUACUGUUUAGCUAUUAAGGAUUUUCCCGGUGAUUGUAAGCUUAACUACUUUGUUUAGAGUCUACUCUAACUGUUCUUUUUUAUUUAAAUGUGGAUUUAUUAUGUUA